AUGGGCUCCCGAUCACGCGACGUCCCUGAAAAUGAGCUCUUCCUGAGCCGUCCUGCGCCUUCGGUCGAGGACUGCGACAGCCCAACUGUCGAACCUCUGAGGAUAUUCAAGCCUCAGAGCCCGGCUAACGGCCAGUCUGCGAACCGCCCCAAGUACCCCGCAGUUUCCUCAUCCUCCUCCGUAGCCGCAACAUCGUCAUCGUCAUCAUCGUCUACCAAGCCUUCGAUCGCCUCGCUGCCACCUCUGCCGUCCUUCCCCUUUGCUCCGGGUGCCACAAGCUCGGCCAACCCGUUGCCGUAUCCUGACGACGAUAAGCCCAAAAUUUCCAAGCCGAGCUCUCGCUUGCCCUACCCGCUUGACGACGAUGAGCGCAAAACGUCGCCUAAGCCGUCGCCCACAUCCCGCAUCGGGAGCCCGCCGCCGGCAUCGUCGAGCUCCAGGCUCGGCGAAUUCCCGUUGCGGCCCACGGUGAGCACGGGGGAUAAGAGGACGGUUGCCGAAAGGCGUGGUAGUACUGUGCCGAAGCCUCUGAGCCCUGCUAGCCUGUCCGAUGACGAUGGCGAGCUGUUUGCGAAGCCCCUGCGGAACCAGACUGCUCCUGUGAGCUCUUCAACCACCAAGAUCUCCGAGGCCUACAAGCAGAAGCCUUACUAUCCUCCUCCCGCUGGCUCCGGCAGCCAGACCAAUCAAGGCGCUAAUCUCAACCGCUUCUCCUCGACGGCCUCAACUUCGACGACUCGCGCCAGCCGUGGAUCGCCACCCCCUCCUGAAACUCCCAUCGUUGAGCCUGGUGUCGUACCUGGUGGUGAUAUCGAGGCUCGCUAUGCCGCUUCGGGCAUCCCAGGAACGGCGACUCUCAACAGCUUGCAGAUCAGCAGCAUUCAAACAAGUGCUGCUGCCCAGGCGCGCAUGGCUCAGUACGCGGGGCAGCGCCCGACCGUUCAACCACAUCAACAGCAGCAGCAACAGCAGCAGCAACAGCAACAGCAACAACAACAGCAACAGCAACCACCUGCGCGGCCCUGGACACCCACAGAACCGCCAGGUCAGAAUCCCUAUGGUCCUCCUACGGUCUAUCAGGGAGAUUCCAUCGUAUCAAGUCCAGCGCCACAACAACCGACAACGAGCACGGCAGCAUCGACAGCAACGGCCUCUGCUCCCUCUGCUCCCGUCUUCAACCUUCCCCACAACCCUAAUCCCGUCACACACGUUCCUCCCGCCAGCUUGCAAGUCAGCAUCCUCGAGCAGGAGUUCCAGCGCCUGCAAACCUCGACCCCUCCUCCGGCCUACAAUACCAUCAACCCCGAUGCAGGCCCCUCAUUCCCCAACGAGAAAGCCCAACCUCCUCCAGGUGCUGAGCACCCUUCUACUACCUCUGUCAAUGUAGCCCCCGCUGUUAACGGGGCCACUGCUGCUCCUGUUCACCCGGCCCAGGUUCAGCCUGUCGCAAAUACGGCAGCAUCGCAGAAGCAAGCCAUGGCUGCUGCGCAAUACCCUGUCACGACUGCUGCUGCUGCUCCUUCCACCGCGGCGUCAGCCACUGCCGCGGCCCAGGCUCACAAUGCUGGCCAUCCCGCUUUCGCGAACGACGCAAAGCAACAGCCCGGUCUCACUCAUACGCCCUCGCUUCUCGCCGCUGCUCAGCAGCCUCCUCCGUUGCCCGAGGGAUGGAUCGCAGCCCUUGACCAGAACUCCGGUCAGUAUUACUACAUUCAUCUGGCAACCCAGGCAACUCAGUGGGAAUUCCCCAAGGGCCCCCAACCCCUUAACCACGACCCGGCGCCCAUGUCCCCGGCCCUGUCGACGUACGGAAACCCCCUUGCUUCUCCCUUCUUGGGCUCUGGCAAGGCUGGCCUGGCCUCGCCCAUGUUCCAUGGUGCUCGUCCUGGCUAUGCUGAGAGCAUAAUGAGCGGAGUGGCCCCUACCGUCGGGGGCUUCAGCGGCCCUCCCCCCAGCGCCGGUGUUGAGCUCUACAAGAUUCAGCCGGCCAACGGCGUCUACUUCGGUCCCUAUCUGCGCUAUGUCAACAUGGACCUGGAGAGAGGCAUCUGGUAUGGCAGCAUCAUGCUGGUAACGGACGCUCCUCAGCCUCCGACUAUCCACAUCCACCUGAGCCAUGACCUCUCGCCGAACCCGCGCCAGCUCAUUCCUCAGAACAUCUACACCCACCAGAGAUGGGUCUUCUACAAGUAUGACGUUGACUUGCAGAUGGCAGACCAUGGCACCGAGCGCUGGACCUAUGCUGUGACUUCUCAUUUGGGCUGCACGCGCUACGAGUUUGUCGUCGCCGGCCGCUACGAGACGGGCUGGCGCAUCCUCGCACACUCUGGCAACGACUUCUCCACGUCUACCAACCAGAACGAGCGCGCAAAGCUGGGUGGCGUCACGUUCAUGUGGAAGGAUAUUCUCCAAAAGAAUGUUGAAUGCGGAGGGUUUCACGUCCAGCUCGGCUUGGGCGGCCAGAUCUAUGGCGAUCGGCUGUGGAAGGAGGUUCCUCUGCUGAAGCAGUGGCUCGGCAUGCAGGGUCGUGAGAACAGGAAGUCCGCUCCGUGGACUGCACGCCAUCAGGAGGAUGUUGCCCACGCCUACUUCCACUACUAUACUAGCCACUUCGACCAGCCCUUUAUUCGUGAGGCGUUUGCCCAAAUCCCGCACGUAUGUCAGAUCGAUGAUCAUGACAUCUUCGAUGGCUUCGGCUCGUACCCGGAUUAUAUGCAACAGUCCAAUGUUUUCAAGGGCAUAGGCCGUAUCGCCAUCGAGAUGUACCUGCUUUUCCAGCAUCACACGACCGUCGAGAUCCUGCGCAACAUCAGCUCCGACAGGGAUCUCUUCACCAUCACCGGCACAGGUUGGCACUUUGUCAAGUUCCUCGGCCCAGCUGUCGUCGUCGUCGGCCCUGACUGCCGCUCCGAGCGCACGCUGAACCGUGUCAUGGACGGCCCGACCUACCAGGGCAUCUUCCCUAAGGUUGCCAUGCUGCCGCCUAGCGUACAGCAUUGCAUCUGGAUGAUCUCGGUGCCCGUCAUUUACCCGCGCUUAGAGACCGUGGAAACCCUAGCCAACACCUUCGCCACUGGCAAGAAGGCCGUCAACACGACUUAUAAUCUUUUGGGCAAAGUCACGAGUUCCGUCGCAGGCGUGGUCGGCGGCAAGGAAGUGGUGCAGCAGGGCUUCAAAGAGGUGAAGAAGGUGGUUGGUAAGAGCGGGCUGAUGGGCAGCGUACUCAACCAGUUCGGCGAGAUCGACAUUGCCGAGGAGCUGAAGGAUCUGUGGACGCAUGAGUCCAAGGACCUGGAGCGGACAUAUCUUAUCCGUACGCUACAGGGUAUCGCCAAGCAAAAGGGCAUUCGUAUGACGUUCCUGUCAGGAGACGUCAAUUGCUGCGGCGCUGGCCUCGUCCAUGACCCCGCGCACCCGCACGACCAUAAGACGAUGUACCAGAUCAUCGCCUCGCCUGUCGUCGCAGCCCCCUGCUCCAACUACCUGAUCAAGAUGCUGCACAACAACAAACUCCUCUACGUCCCACAGAACGGCCACCGCUCCACACACGAGGUAUCCGAUACCAAGGAAGACAUGAUGGAAAUCUUCCACACGGAAGCGUCGGGCGCCACCCGCGAGCACAAGAAGCUCAUGGCACGCCGUAACUACGUGGCCAUCAUCGCAUACGAUCCGGAGGCGCUGCAGAACGGGUAUGCUGGAAGUGUCAACAGCAACGGGUCAGGAGGGCUUGGCAAGUUGAGCCUUGCCGUUGAUUUUGUUGUCCAGAGUGAUGGACCAUUCCAGGCGACGACUAAGUACGGUCCCGUCAUCAUUCCACAUUUGGAGUUUGGCCAUUGA